AUGUCCUUUACCAAAGCCUUCACCCAUGGCUACGCUCAGUCGGUAGUCGCCGCGUCCCAAUCCUCCUACGCGUCGUCCACCACCCUCAACCACCUCGCCCAGCAUCCCGCCGCCAAAUUCUCCCGCACCACCCAGCUUCAGAAUGUCUUCCAGCCGUCUAGCUCGUCCGGCGCCGGCGCCGGCGCCAAGGCCAGCCAAGGGGGCUCUGGCGGCGGCGAUCUGGGCGUUGCCGCCUACUAUGCCGCGUGGCAGCAGGCCCAGCAGACCGGUGACGAUAGCGACUGGAAACAGUUGCAGUCGAGCCGUCGUGUCGGCCGCAAGCUGAACGGGACCGAGGAAGAUGCCGACGGCAGCGACGCGGCGGCGGGCGCCGAUGCGUCCUCCGAGUACCGGGAUCCGCCCCAUCUCACCCGCGCCUCCGCCAAUGCCGAUGUCAGCGCUCAGGUCGAAGAGGCCGUCGCCCGUGAGAUCGAAAUCCAGGAGGAACAGGCCCGCGUUGAAGAGGCCGAGGCCAAGGAUGGCGCCGCCACCGAGGCCUUCCCCGAGUUGCCCGACGAGGUCGCCUCGAUCGGGGACGCCACCGUCGAGCAGUCGCGCCGCAGCUCCGACCACAUCGUCGACUUGGCGUCUGGGAAACAGUUCGCGGAGAUCCCGGGUGCCUUCGCGGCCCUGCUCCGGGACGGUCUGACACCCACCGUGGGCGCGUACAACGCCCUGCUCGAGUCGGCCGUCCAACUGCACGGCGACGCCGCGCAGGCCAUCCAGAAGGCGCUCGACGUCUACUCGGACAUGCUCCGUCGUCGCGUCGUCCCCGACGAGCAAACCUACGAGACGUUAGUUCGGCUCUUCGUCGUCCGCGCCCACGAGACCAUCACCGCCAAGGGCUCCCUCGAGCAGGACCGCGCCCGUUUCGGGGGCAUGGAGAAGCCUGGGGAGUUCAUGCUCAUGUCCAGCGAGCUCGAGCGCGCCAUUGUCGACGAGGACCACUCUCUCGGCAUCGCCAUGAAGCUCUUCACCACCGCCACCACCCGCCACGCCGAUUUCGUCUUCUCCCUGGACACCUACCGCCAGCUGAUCACCGCCUGUGCCCGCGAGGGCCAGGUCGAGGCCAUGGUGCGGGUCUACGCCCACAUGGAGUCGAACAAGGUCACCCCGCACGCGUCCAUCUUCCCCCCGAUGAUCGACGCCUUCGCCUCGACCGGGGACCUGCAGAGCGCCGUGGAGUGCUACAACGAGUACAAAGCUCUGGCCAUCGCGGACGACAACGGCACCUUUAGUAUCGUUCAGCGCCGGGAUGGCGAGGUCUACGCCGCCCUGGUCCAGGCCUACAUGUCGUGUGGCAAAGAGGACGACGCCAUGCGAUUCGUGGAGCGGAUCAGAGGCUCGUUCGAUGGGGUGACCGACGACCGCAGCACGCGACAGGACGCCCUCGAAUCGGUCAUCGUGCGCGAUGGCCUGCGCGCCCUGGAGCAGGCCCACGCGCGGUUGCGUGACGGGGCCCGCAAUCAGGCCAUCGCCGCGAUCUGCGUCGCCGCGGCGGACGCCGGGGACCUCUCCACCGCCUCCCGGGCCUACGACAGUCUCCCUAACGACGACGGCGCCCUCCGCCGGGGUCCCGCCGUGUCGCUGCUGGCCCUCCACGUCCGACAGGGCCACGUGACCGCCGCCCGCCCGCUCUGGCUCCAGCUCAGCACGGUCGAUCAGGCCACCGCGGACCUGGUGCAACCGACCACUAUGUACGCCGUCGCUCUGCUCAAGAGUGGGCAGAUCGAUCCGGCCUUGUUGGAGACCCGCAAUAUGUUCGCGCGCAUCCGCACCGCCGCCGCCGACCAGCAGCUGCCCCUCCACCCCAUCCGCGAGCAGAUCAACGAAAGCCUCGAUCUCGUCGGCCGCGUCCUUAUCCAGACCGCCGCCGUCCUCUCCCCGUCGGCCAUCAUGACGCUCCUGUGGUCCAUGGCGGACAACGGGGGCAUGGUGUUCCCGCUCGCGGAGCACGCCGUCGCCAACCUGGGCCCCGUGGCCAUCACCCACCUCGCCCCCGCCGACCUGACGCUCGCCCUCCAGGUGCAGGCCGGCAUGCUCGUCCACCCCCGCGCCGCCGCGCGGGACGUGGCCCACCCGAUCCGCUUCGCGCACCUGCUCGACGUUGCCCUGGCGACCGGCCGGCCCCUCGACGCCGUCACCGCCCAGGCCGUCGACCAGGCCGUCGGCCAGCUGUUCCCCAGCCGGCCCGACCUGGUCCAGCGGUGGCACGACCACCGGGGGAUGCUGAUGUCCCCCGUCAGCCGCAGCCCCUCGUCCUUCCCGUCCGACCGCCACACCCCGGUGUCGGAGCGGUCAGCCCUGACCUCCGCGCCCAGCGAGGACGCGUUCGACCCGUACGCGUCCGCCACCGACUUCCGCGGGUCCGCCCUGAUCGCCGAGGCACUGGAGAGCGCCAGCGGACGGCUCGAGCCGCACCUGAACCGGAGCCUUGACCGGCUCCGCGACAUGCGCCGCGCCGGCCGCCACCCGCGGUACAUCACCUACGCCAAGAUGAUCACCGCCGCAGCCAAGGUCCACCGCCUUGACCUGGCCCACGAGAUCCUGAACAUGGCACGCCGGGACGUGCCCGCGCUGGCACAGUACCCCGCUGUUCAGUACGGCUGGGUGUCGAUCCUGGACGCGAUGGUGGCGGCGUGCCUGACGCUGGGCGACCGGCACCUGGCGGCGAAGUACCACCAGGAACUGCGCACGGUCGGGUCGGCGCCGUCGGCCAACACCUUCGGACUGUACAUCACGACGCUCAAGGAGUCGACCAAGACAUUCGACGAGGCGACCGAAGCGCUCAAGAUCUUCCACCGCGCGGUGGCAGAGGGCGUGGAGCCGACCUCGUUCCUGUACAACGCGCUGAUCGGCAAGCUGGGCAAGGCGCGCCGCAUCGACGACUGCCUGCUCUACUUCGCCGAGAUGCGGGCUCGCGGGGUGCGCCCCACCAGCGUCACAUACGGGACGGUGGUCAACGCGCUCUGCCGAGUCAGCGACGAGCGGUUCGCCGAGGAGAUGUUCGAGGAGAUGGAGUCGAUGCCCAACUACAAGCCGCGGCCGGCCCCGUACAACUCGAUGAUCCAGUACUUCCUAACGACGAAGCGCGACCGACGCCGCGUGCUGGCCUACUACGAGCGCAUGCGCCGACGCAACAUCGCGCCGACGAUGCACACGUACAAGCUGCUGAUCGACGCGCACGCCUCGCUGGAGCCGGUCGACAUGCCGGCGGCGGAGCAGGUGCUGGAGACGAUGCGGCAGUCCGGCCCGCACCCGCCCGAGGCGGUGCACUACGCGGCGCUGAUCCACGCCCAGGGGUGCGUCACGCACGACCUGGACGCCGCGCUGCGGCUGUUCCGGUCGGUGGUGGCGGACCCGACGGUGCGCGUGCAACCUUGCCUGUACCAGGCUGUGCUGGAGGCGCUGGUGGCCAACAACCAAGUUGGACAGACUGAGGCGAUCGUCGCAGACAUGUCCCGACGGGGUGUCGAAAUGACUGCCUACAUCGCCAACACCCUGAUCCAGGGUUGGGCCGCCGCCGGCGACCUCAACCAGGCGCAAGCAGUGUACGGACGCAUCGGACUGGCGAAGCGCGAGCCCAGCACGUACGAAGCCAUGACCCGCGCGUACCUCCAAGCCGACGACCGCGCCGGCGCCGCCCGCACCGUGCAGGAGAUGCUCUCUCGGGGGUAUCCCAACGCGGUAGCCAGCAAGAUUGUCGAUCUGAGAAGGAAGUCGGUCCGACUGCCCCGCCUGCGUCAUCCACUCACUCACUCCCACAUCGCACGAUCCACUUCUUUCUCCCUCUUCACCUCCUCCUCCCUCCUCCCCUUCUCAUCCAUGAGACGCCUUCGUCCUUUCUCCCCUCCCAUCUAUCUACCCCGAAGAUCAACCACAACCAUCACAAUGGACGCAUCUCACGCCGGUCCCAAGGAGGGGUCGCGACCUCCGAAGAAGCUCAUCUUCGCCCCAGGCGACCUUCCCCCGCCGGACCUCCCCAAACCCCACCGUCUUCAACCCCAGCAAGACCAAAUCCAACUCUCGCAACCCUCCACCCCCGCCGCCCAAGAAAUGGUCACCCACCCCGCCCGCGCCCACCAAUUCAUAAUCAACCCCCCGCUCACAAUCUCCCAAAUGCACCCCACCAACCCCCUCCACCAGUUCCACAGCUGGUUCCGCGAUCCGCGCCUCUCAGCGGCCUCCGCGCCGGAGACGUGCACGCUCGCCACGGCGGAGUUACCAUCCGGACGGGUGAGUGCGCGUGUGGUGUACCUGAAGGAGUUGGAUGAGAGGGGGUGGACGAUUUAUAGUAAUUGGGGGAGUAGGGAGGGGAAGGGGAGGCAGGUUUUUGGACCGGAUUCUGCUGCGUCUGGUUUGAAGGGUGGGUCUGGGUCUGGGUCUGGGUGUGAUAACUUCCCCCCCUCGAUUCCAGAGGGCGAGUUCGAUGGCGGGAAUAGAUGGGCGGCGUUGACGUUUUUCUGGGCCGUGUUGGAAAGACAGGUGCGGGUUGAGGGGCUAGUUGAGCCGCUUCCCCGUGCCGAAAGCGAGGUGUAUUGGCGGACGCGCGAGCGAGGAAGCCAGAUUGGGGCGUGGGCGAGCUACCAGAGUAAGGUGCUUUGGGAAGCUGGAGCGGACGGUCUCGAGGGCCGGAGAGGCAGUCUGGCGCCGGUCAUCGACGGAGCUGGGCCCCGGCCGGCGAUUCCGCUGGAUGUGGGCGAUACGGAUAUCGAUGACGGGAGGGCGCUGCUGGAACGGCGGGUGCGCGAGAUGGAGGAGCGGUUUGCUGGCGUGGAGCAGAUUCCACUGCCGCCUUUCUGGGGCGGCGUGAGGGUUGUGCCUGAGUCGGUGGAGUUUUGGCAGGGGAGGAAGAGCCGGUUGCAUGAUCGGUUUAGGUAUGUGAGGGUUGGUGGGGGAGAUGGGGGGGAGGGGUAUAGAUGGAGGAUUGAGCGGAUGUCUCCUUAG